CUAACCGCCUAUGCAUGGAAACAAGCUUUGAAAAGUAUAUGCGCAAUGUGCAAAUGCGCCCGCUGCCAUCACAGGAGUUAGAACUGCAAGCGGAGUUUUCUAUCGAUACAUUCGAUGAAAUCUUAUACAACAUGGAUCCUUCCAGGUAUUGUUGUAUAAAUACAACGGUUGAUGAAACGGUCGAAGAAGCAGCGCCCCGUACAAGCACACCCGAUACAGCGACACAUAGACCCGAUGACAAAGAGAAUCAAUACAUACAGCCGCCGAACAGACAUUUACGCCUAGCUGGUUCUAAGCCGUUGAUAAUGAAUCAGAUGUACGGUAAAAUGAAUCCAAACAGUCGUGUGAGUGAUGUGCCGUGCACAAUGCAUUGGGUAAAUGAAAAACCUAAGCAAAGGGGUAUGAAGAGGAAAUUGGAUUAUACAGAAAAAAACAAGUCUAAAAGAAGGCGGUUGACGGCGUUACAAGAUGCACCAACUAGUUGUAACAACAGCAACAAAUUCAAGAUGUUGCCCGAUCAUGAUGAUGAUGAUGAUGAUGAUGAUGAACAAACGAACUGUGUUAGUGAUAAAACUGCUGACUCAGAGAUUGCAAAAGGUAAGAGGAUCAAUAGGCUCUCAAAAAAGUACAAGAUCAAACAUACAAAAGAAAAUAGGGUUAUAAUAACAUCAGUCACUCAGAAUAAUCCCAUUAUAAUUCGAGAUACACAGUUUGAACCCAUUAUAAUUCCAGAUACACAGGUUGACCCCGUUAUAAAUCCAGAUGUCUGUUAUGAUUUACUUCAAGACGCACAGUCAUUUUAUAUAUCCGACGCAGAAGCUGUGGAUGGUCAUGAUUGUAUUGAUAUUUCAGAAGUUUCAAACAAAGGGGUUAGAGCGUCUGUGGUUGAGUCGCGUUCUGCAGAGACGGACGAUGUUGUUGUCGGUCCAUCAGGUAAUGAUGUUAGACAACAACAAUGGCCGUCGCGUCAGAGCACAAUGGCUGAGGCUGACGACGGUUAAACUGGUGAGGGUGGUUGUCGACAAAACACUACAGGCAAACCCACAAGGGCAGAGCACGCGAGUAAAGCAGCAGAAUUAAAAUAUAAUGCACUGUUAGGGGCUGUUUGGAGAGAGGUCACUUACACGAACCACGCGUCCACAGGGAUGUUAACACGACACGCAGAAAUAAUGCACAGCGGCAAACGAGAUCAGCGUGCGCUUAAUAAAUGUAUUAAACGCUAUUUGGAACUCGCAAUAGAACGGAACAAUCUAGUUAGGGAGACUUGUGAUUUCCUAGAGGUCAACUCCUUCGGUAAAAAAACACCGACAUGACUAUUUAAGACAGGUUGCGGUUUGAACAACAUUGCAGCGUGUAGAGCACAGGGCCAUAAAAAUACAAGUAGAAAUUUAAAAGUAAAAUGGGCCAUAAGAACGUUAAUAAACUUAAGAAAACAAAAGCAACUUAGACUGGCAUGACAAGGCACACGUAGAUUUAAUGAACAGAAUGACAACAUACCGUCAUGACACAUAGAUAGACGGUCAUCACAGACGGACAGCGCUGAACGCAUAGCAUCACCCGGACUGGCUGGUCCGGAAACGCCUAGUAAUAACAAGGCGACACACCUGUUUUUUUUUAGAAACCAUAGCCAGGUAUGAAAGAAAUCACCCCAAUUUCAGGGCGUCUGAAUUACACCAUCAUUUCCGUUUUAUCAGCUUGAAUAGAAUCACAUCAUUUGUAGAAGCUACGAGGGCAAUACAGACUAUGCUCGACAGCUACAUGAUUAAUGUCGACCCUAACCAUCAUAUACAGUUAAGGUUGGAAGGUGGAGGGUUACACAACGCCAUCUAUUCACACCGUAAGCCGUGCAAGUCAUUAGACGCCGUCAGUUUUUUGAAUCAGAUAACAAACACGCUGCAAAGUAAUGCUGAGGUUUUAUUUGAUACAGAGUUGAAAUUUGUGAUCUGUGUUUUCAAGAAUGGCGUAGGCGGUGCCCUGAUGGGCAGGAGCCUAUGGAGAAUACCAUACAGUCUUAUUAUUGUGUGUUAUACGAUUUCAAUAACAGCGGUAACAAUCUGUGUCUGGCGGCUAGCCUCUGCAAACUUCUGGACAAAGAUAAUUCCACAGACCAAGUGAUACACGAAAGGGUGCUCGAGAUUCAUAAAGCAUUGAAUUUGCCCCUUGAUAAAAUGAUCAGCUUUAGCGAUGUUGCUUGUUUUGAAAACCAUUUAAAGUCAUCAAUUAAGAUUCUCUAUUACAGUAAUGGUUGCUGGAAUUGUUAUAGCACAGAUUGUCGAUACAAAGACAACAUACUGUUCAUCCUAUGGCACGAUGAUCAUUACUAUGGUAUUUUGGACAUUAAAGCUUUUGUUGGUGCCCGUUACUUCUGUAAAUUUUGCAACAAUGUGUACCACCACAGAAAUAAGCAUGAUUGUCUUUUCUUUUGUAAGUCAUGUCUCAGGCAAGAUUGUGUUGAUACAGGUCAGGCAGCGCUAAGGUGUACGCAGUGUAGGGUGUUUUGCAGGUCAACAGAAUGUUUAGAGAUGCACAAGUCUUUAGCGUUGGCUAUGAAAAUGCCGUGCCUUCAUAAAAUGUAUUGCGAUCGCUGUGGUUUUUAUACCAAUCCUGACCACACUGUGUUGACAAUUUUGCGGGUCAUUUGUGUUACAUUCAAAACAAUAAACCUACGAUUCCUACUUUAAAAUAUAUUUUUUAUGAUUUUGAAUGCAUGCAAGAAACAAGCGUGCACAUACCUAAUUACUGUUACGCAUUAACGCUGGUGGAUGAGAAAUCCUGGGAGUUUCAGGGCACUGAUUGUAUCACAGAUUUUGUAAAAACAUUCAUGAGACCAAAAUUUGCGGGAUACACAUUCAUAGCCCAUAAUGCAGGGCGUUAUGAUGCGUACUUUGUAAUGCGACAAUUGUUUAAGGAAAAAUUGAAAACCUCUGUGUUGGCACAAGGUGGUAAACUGUUGUGCAUAACGGUGAGUGAUUUAAAUAUUCGAUUUAUCGAUUAUUUAAAUUUCUUGCCCAUGCGCCUCAGUCGUUUACCAAAAGCAAUGGGUUUUAAGGGUUCAAAAGGAUAUUUCCCACAUUUUUUUAACAAAGCCGCUAACCAAAAUUAUAUAGGUGCCAUGCCGGAUAUUCAACAUUUCGGCAUGCAAUAUAUGAUGGGGUCAGAAAAGAUUGAAUUCAAAGAUUGGUAUGAGAGAUGUAAGCAUAAGUCGUUUAACUUCCAGGAUGAACUUAAACACUAUUGCAAGGAGGAUGUGGUAAUAUUAUAUAGGGCUUGUAAGGUGUUCCGAGAUGCCGUUAUAUCAAUUACCGAACUGGAAGUUGUCGUAUAUAAGAAAAAUAAGCUGGUUAUUGUUAAGAGAUACAUUGAUCCCUUUCAACUGUCAUGCUGGCCGCUGUUUGCAUGGCCAUGUACUGAUGUAAAUUUAUAAAGGAUAACACGUUGGCACUUGUACCAUCUGAUAACUAUCACAAAACUCAGAAGCAUUACUCAACACCAGCCAUACAGUGGUUAAUGUACAUAGCGCAUACAGAAGGCGUAGACAUAAGACAAGCGUUACAAGGAGGUGAGAAGAAAGUUGGUAGCUACUACCUGGACAGCUAUUCAGUGAUCGAUGGGGUACAAACGGUGUUUGAGUUCCAAGGUUGUUUUUUUUCACGGUUGUAGCACUUGUUACAACCUCGAUGAUGAAAACAAAGUGACUCAAACGACCUAUGGUCAAUUACGCCACAAGACGCAGGUGAGAAUUAAUUUUCUUAAGCUCUGCGGAUUUCACGUGCGUGUUAUUUGGGAGUACCAGUGGAAAAAAAUGUUACAGGACGAUGCCCGUCUACAGGAGUUUCUUAAGGGCAAAGGUUUGCCCGAACCCUUGGACCCACGAGAUUCGCUUUACGGCGGAUGUACAAACGCCAUAAAGCUGUAUCACAAAGCACAGCCGGAUGAACAGAUACACUACUAUGAUUUUACCAGUCUGUAUCCAUUUGUCAACAAAAACAAAGCAUAUCCUGUAAAACAUCCCAGGAUCAUUUAUAAAGAUUUUGACGAUAUCACAACAUAUUUUGGUAUCGCUAAAGUAAAAGUGUACCCGCUGCGUGAGCUUUUCUUUCUGGUUCUACCGGUUAAAAUGCUUGGUAAACUAAUGUUUCCUUUAUGUCGCACAUGCGCUGAGUCUGGACAGGCAGAGUCGUGCGAACAUAGUGAUGAGGAACGAGCACUCGUUGGUACGUGGUGUACCGUAGAAAUAAAUUUAGCAGUUGACAAGGGCUACAAAGUGUGUAAAAUCUAUGAAGUAUGGUAUUUUGAUAAACGAUCUGAUGAUUUGUUUUCAGGUUACAUUAAAAUGCAUCUUAGGGAUAAACAAGAGGCUUCUGGUUAUCCCAAUUGGUGUACAGACUCUGAGAAACGACGGGCGCAUAUAGAUGCCUAUCAAAAAAAUGAAGGUGUGUCUUUAUGACCCGAUCACAUAGAAAUCAACCCCGCAAAAAGACAAAUUUCAAAAUUGUUUUUAAACUCCUUAUGGGGAAAGUUUGGUCAACGUAAUAACAUGCCCAACACUAGUCUAGUGUCUGAUCCCGACAAGCUUUUUGAAUACGCGUUUUUACCUCACUAUGUGGUGUCUGCUUUAGACUUUAUCGAUGACGACACUGUCAUGGUAAAUUGGAAGUACGCCAAAGACCAUUACACCCGAUCAAGUAACUGUAAUGUUUUUAUAGCUGCGAUUACAACAGCGCAUGCUAGAAUUGAACUGUACAAGCUAUUGGAUGUAUUACAAGAAUGUUGUCUUUACCACGAUACAGACUCUGUUAUUUUUGUCAGCAGACCCGGUGAUUGGAAUCUGCCGUUGGGGGAUUAUCUAUGCGAACUGACUAGCGAAAUACCUGCCGGUACGCAUAUAACAGAGUUUAUCUCAUCAGGCCCCAAAUCAUACGGCUAUCGUCUAAAUAAUGGAAAGACCUGUUUAAAAGUUAAAGGUAUCACGCUCAACAUUGAUAAUGCACAACAUGUCAACUUUGACAGCCUGAAAGAGUUGGUCUUGGAUUACCCUUUAAAUCCCGAAGGUGACGACCAGAAAAAAAUUGUGAUACGUCAACCAGGCAUAGUGCGGGUUAAAAAGUAUUGGCAAAUUGAAAAGCGCAUGCUGCAGAAAACGCAAAAGUGCGUUUACACUAAACAGAGGCUUACAAAUAACUUCACAAUGCUACCGUUUGGUUAUUAAGAUGGAUAUCAGACUGCAGCAUCCCUUUUCAUGUAUUUUAGCAGGCCCUUCCAACUCGGGUAAAAGUUAUUUUGUUAAAAUGCUGCUACAAAAUGCAGCUACGCACAUAUCACACGUGCCUGAUAAUAUUGUUUGGUUUUACGGCUGUUGGCAACCUAUGUACGAUCAGCUUCUGCGUGAUUACCAUGCAUUUUAUAGAAGGUGCAUGCAUUUUAUAGAAGGUCUACCUGAGACUUUUAAUGAUGACCAACUUUUUCCCCCUGAUAGGAUUAAUUUAGCGGUUGUUGAUGAUCUGAUGGAGUCGGCUAGUAAUAAUUCUGAGAUUGAGAAAGCAAUCACAAAGUAUGUACACCACAGAAACCUCAGUAUCAUGUACCUGGUGCAAAAUGUCUUUUGCCAAGGUAAAAAGAGCAGGACGAUACAUCUAAACACAAAAUAUAAGGUCCUUUUCAAAAAUCCACAGGAUAAAUUGCAGGUGAUGACUCUGCCUAGACAAAUGUACCCUAGUAAUAGUAAGUUCUUUCUGGAUGCAUUCCAAAAUGCGACAACUGUACCGUAUGGCUAUUUACUGGUUGAUUUAAGAACCAAUACGCUUGACGAAUACCGUUUACGAAGCGGCUUAUUUCCACCAGAUGAGCCGGUGGCUUAUCUCAGUAAAAAGCAUGCUUCUAAAAAGCGGUAAUUCUACAACUUUUAGUCAUUUAUCUUAGAGCCACCGACAGAGAGCAUGUCGAAUCAUUUACGUUGUAAUUGGACACUUUUAAAAGCAUUAAUAAAGGCGACACCCGCUCAAAGAAAUGCUAUUUUAUCCAACGCUUCAAACGAUUUGGUGAAAACCAUUUGUGAAAUAGCCCUCAACAUACUUAAAGGUAAAAUACCAUUGACACAACGUCAGUUGAAUUACCUUAAAAAGAAGCGGGCCCUUAUAAAAUCCCUUUGCAAUAAGAAAUGCAACAUUGGCAAAAAGAAGCGGUUGGCGAAGCAGUCCGGUGGUUUUAUUGGCUCGUUGCUUGGUUUUGCCAUACCGUUAAUAACGGGUCUCCUGACUAAUCGUUGAUGGAAUACGCUGAGAAAAUGUAUCUAGUGCCUCAGCAGCAGUUAGAAUGUUUACGCAACAAACCAGUUAAUGAUGAUAUACAUAAAACAGUCACCCAAGGUCUGGAUGUGGAAAUCAUAAACAUACCACAGAAUAAUGAUUUAUCGAAAUAUGAUAAAGCUAUACAUUACACAGCCGCUUUGCAGAAAUAUCUGGUGUUGAGUAAGCAAUCUGAUAGAGAAAUGUCAUCUUUAACUCUUUUAACACCCAAAAUGCCAACUGAUCCUCAAACAAGCAACUCUGAUCAGUCAGACGGUUCUGACUCUGUUUAUCACGAUGUUGUGGACGGCGUUAAUGCCCGGUAUAGGAAGAACUCUGAAAUUCUUUUGAGUAAAAUGGCCGGCUCUAAACACAUCACAAACUGGAAUGCUAAAGGCGAAUUUCUGUAUAAAGGUAACGCUGUACAGGGAUCCAACAUGUUAGAUAUAAUAAGACACAUAACGCAAAGCCACAGCGUGUCGAGCCGUAAAAUGCCGAAUGGGUGGAGUGAAAUUAUGCACACUAUGGCUGAAUUAAAUAUUCCAUCCACUGUAGUCGGCAACGCAUCAAACAGAAUGUACCUAGACCGUUUAAAAGCAGAAACAUACUCCGUUGAUGGUGACUUUUUAUGAACUGCAACGCUAAAAGUGUAUAAAAAAAGACGCUUAAAUGUUUUAAGCAGCCCAGGUUUAACAACGACUCACGGUUACUUAAUGCCUAGGAAACGCGAUGUAGGAUUGUUACAGGAUUCACUGUGGUUGAGUCUAUGAUCUAUUUCUAUGGUAUAUUGUUUUUAAGGAUUG